CACACGUUAUCCGCUUUUGAACUUCUCUCCACACACUCCUACACUCAGCGUGCUGCACAUGCUGCUCGCACGCAUCGCGCACAGUGACCGAACGACCGCCGAACGCGAUGGUCUAAAUUUUUCACUCGACAACAACUAUCAAGCCUAAUUAUAUUAAAAACAACAUUUAAAAAUUUAAAAUUUUAAAAUUAUUAUUCAAAUACAUAUUAAGCAUAAAGAUAUAUGAGUAUUUUCAUUUGUCAUUCAAGUGUUAUCGUUGUGUUAGGAGCGGUGAACUCACGGUGAGUUGGUGAGUUUGGUGCCUGUGCCCAUCUGGCCCCAGAUGGGCAGUUGAAGCUCACAGUGCACAUGUGUGUGGAUUCGUUUCAUGCGCCGUGUGUUAUGUGAGACUGCGGCGCGUCGUGUCGUCGUUUUGUCUCGCGAAGCGCAAGUGUCAGUCUUGUCUGCGACUUUCAACAGACGCAUCGCGAGUUCAAACAGUUAAAACACGAAAGGGCGGUGUGUGCUGCGUGUGCCGAGACCUGUUGAUCAUCACAAGACGGCCAUAUAAACCAGCACGAACCAGAUAUUACUCUUAAACAUAAAAAUUUAAUUGGAAAACAUUUAAAAACGCAUUAAUUGUGACCGGUGGUAAUAUUUAUUCGUGUAUCUACCUGAGGGUUAUAUUUAUUUGAGAAAGGCGUAGAAUAGCGGGCAGCAAAAUCCGGAGCGGCGGCGUCAUCGGCCUAUGGGCCUCCCCGGUGAUCGGCAGAAAGGCUGGGGCGGGGGCGGCGCGCACGGGGCCCCCGACCAUGCGCCACACCAGCUUCAGCAAGCUCGGAGGGCUUAUAAACAACGCCGUCGGCGGAAACAAACGCUCGCAAGCAGGCAAUGGAGAUAUUCAAUGGUGCUUUUCCCAGGUGAAAGGAACGCUGGAUGAUGAUGUUACCGAAGCGGACAUCAUUUCUUGCGUCGAGUUCAACCACGAUGGCGAGCUGCUCGCAACCGGCGACAAAGGUGGCCGUGUUGUGAUUUUCCAGCGCGAUCCCAGCUCCAAAGCGGCGCUGCCGCGACGCGGCGAGUACAAUGUUUACUCGACGUUCCAAUCACACGAGCCUGAGUUCGACUACCUCAAGAGCCUCGAGAUCGAGGAGAAGAUCAACAAGAUCCGCUGGCUGAAGCGCAAAAACCCGGCGCACUUCCUGCUCUCCACCAACGACAAAACUAUCAAAUUGUGGAAGGUCUCCGAGCGCGAUAAGAAGGUCGAAGGGUACAAUACACGCUCCGAGAAUGGAGGCCGUGUGGACCCGUCGAGCGUACAUUCAUUACGCGUUCCGGUGAUCAAACCAAUGGAACUGAUGGUGGAAGCGUCGCCGCGGCGGAUAUUCGCCAAUGCGCACACUUACCACAUCAAUUCGAUAUCGGUUAACUCCGACCAAGAGACGUACCUCUCCGCGGAUGAUCUGCGAAUUAAUCUGUGGAAUCUGGAGAUUACAGAUCAGAGCUUCAACAUUGUCGAUAUUAAACCGACGAACAUGGAGGAGCUGACCGAGGUCAUUACCGCCGCAGAGUUUCAUCCAGUCGAGUGUAAUCUGUUCGUUUAUAGUAGCAGUAAGGGCACAAUUCGUCUCUGCGAUAUGCGCGCGUCAGCGCUGUGCGAUCGUCACGCGAAAUUAUUCGAAGAACCCGAAGAUCCAACCAAUCGUAGCUUUUUCUCCGAGAUCAUCUCGAGUAUAUCCGAUGUGAAGCUGUCGAAUUCGGGCAGGUAUAUGAUUUCCCGUGAUUACAUGUCUGUCAAAGUGUGGGAUCUGCACAUGGAGACGAAGCCGAUUGAGACUUACCUGGUGCACGAGUACUUGCGGUCGAAACUGUGCUCGUUGUACGAGAACGAUUGCAUCUUCGACAAGUUCGAGUGCUGCUGGAACGGCAACGAUACUGCGAUCAUGACCGGCUCCUACAACAACUUCUUCCGCAUGUUCGACCGCGCGACGAAGCGCGAGAUCACGCUGGAGGCGUCGCGCGAAAUCGCCAAGCCGAAGACGAUACUCAAGCCGCGCAAGGUGUGCGGCAGCGGCAAGAGGAAAAAGGACGAGAUCAGCGUCGACAGCCUCGACUUCAAUAAGAAGAUCCUGCACACCGCCUGGCACCCGACUGAGAACAUCAUCGCCGUUGCGGCGACGAACAAUCUUUUCCUCUUCCAGGACAAGUUCUAGCACGGAUUGCUCAUCACUGGCUGAGGAGAGAUUCACAAACAGAAACAAUAACUAAAGUGAUGGUUGGAUUUUGCGCGCGCGUGUUAAGAUUACCACCUAAUUAUCAAUUUAUUAAUCAAGACCAUCGUAUAACAAACCCCUCUCGAUAGGUACACAUUAAUUAAUUAAAUUAUACACUUAAGUAAUUUGGAGACACCAUCUUAAAUUUUCUUUCUGCUGUUAUUUAUUAUGUUCAGCUUUGAAUCCAAAGUUAAUGUGUGUAAGCAACGUCUUCCGAAUGUCAAAAUGAAAGCAUUAACUUUGGCCUCUCAACGCAACUGAUUGCAACUCAUCAUCAAAACAUUGACACAGGAAUUGCAGACGAUGAAUGUGUGUUACUAGUACAUAUUGUUAUUUUUUAUAUAAUCAAAAUGAAGACAAGCUACGAAACGGCGGCGGCGAGUAGUAUUCAUGCAUCAUGAACGUGUACAAAUUGUAAAUACGAAUUAAUAGUAAAUUUUCUACACUUUUCGUUUGUUAACUAGAUAGGAGAGGCGGCUUGAGAUGUUAUUUUAAAACUGAUCACGAUUUGAAUGUCUUGAUUCGCGUAAAUAAUUAAGUCUGUAUGUACUAAGAUGAGCCUAAUAAUUCCGAAUCACACACACUCACUCACACGCAUUACUGUAAUAACAUUUAUAUGAAUAUUCGAUUUAAUGAUACGAAGAGAUUUCGACAUGAACGCGACAGCCUUUCAAGUGCCAUGUAAACGACUUGUGAAAAUGAAACCUAAACUAAGCGAAGAUAUGAUGAGAACAUGAACAUUUAAAUUACGUAGCGUUGUGGCGCGAAAUUUUGAUUAAGUGCGGUACGCAGUAAGUUUAAUAAUUCGUUUAUGGUAGCUACCAAUUGCUAAGUUACUAAUUAUUGAUUAAUUUUUUUAGUUUGUAUGUCUAUCGAGUGCGUAAAAUUGCGGCCGAGGCAGGGGGGAUUACCAGGUGAACGUUACUUAUUGCCGAGUUUUGCGUUGUUUUUCGAACUGGACACCAAAUAAAACAUUUCUGUUGGCGGUGUGCGAUGAUAUUGAACAUAACUUGUGAAUAAUGUACUUUUAAGAUGGAUGAGUGAGAGGAGGGAAUCAUGCAAAAGUGUGAAAACGUUGUUCAUACAUUCCUCGCGCUAAAUGGUUUGCUACGAAACAAAAUCUUGAUAAAUA